AUGUGCCUCUGUGCACCUAUUCCUGACCCUAUAAAACAGGUUGCGCUUCCUGAAUUGAAGAGAACCCUCACACCGCAUCACACCAAAUCUCAAUCACAGCCAUUACGACAACCAAAUUUGAACAGCCAUGGCGUCCUUCAGGAGAAAAUCACGCCAAAAAAUACGAAACCUCAAUCAUCGCCUCUGCUUAAUCUACCAAGAGAGAUACGCAACCAGAUCUACGUCCUCGUCUUUUCAACCGGACUCCGGGAUACGAUCGACUUCACCCGAGGAUCCAAAGAUAGACACAUCAACCGGUUACAGCAUGCCUGUCGCCAGCUCCAUCGCGAGACUCGACUGCUCGAAAUCAAACUCAACCCUGUAGAGAUUGCCGGCUUCGCAAUGCAUACUCAUUAUAAGCUACUAGAUAACAAAGACCCGAUGGAAGCGUUGACAGUGUUCCUCCGUCUGACUCGCGCACUAGGGUCGCUGAGACUUUCGUGGAUCCAGAACUUGACACUUUCCAACCGAAUUCCUGAAGUUGACUCGAUGUGGAACGAACUGGAAGAGAUGGCGAGCACCAUCCUGCACUUGACCGAGGUCUUCGGGUGCAACCCAGCGCUACAAUUGAAGUACAAUAUGACGACCUUCUGCAAAGUGAAUAUACUCCGCGAAGGGAUUGGCGGUGGGCUCGGUUUAGGGGUUAUCUUCCAUGGCAUCUUUGUAUCUAGCGUGGUACGCAACGAACCUCUCAAGGAUAUGUGA